AUGUCGACGCCGGUAACGAGUACACCAUCAAAGAGGGGAAUUGAUGAAGUAUUAACAGGAAACUAUGACAAGAAGUACAGACCAAACAUGCAUGGACCACCUGUGAUUGUGACGGUUAGUGUCCACAUAAAUAGUUUCCACUCCUCUACAGACACAGGAAUGGAUUAUACAGUUACGUUAUUUCUUCGAACACGAUGGGUUGAUCCCCGACUAGAGUACACUGAUGAUAGAAACGAAACUCUGACGUUACACUCAGAUGGAGUUAAUGAAGUGUGGAUACCACCUCUUUAUUUCCCAGAUGAGAAGUCUGGACAGUUUCAUAAACUGACAACGGAGAACGUGUUGUUGAGAAUAUACCCUGAUGGGACUGUACUACAUAGUGCAAGGUACAUUUCUUACACAACUGGUGACUUGAUUCUGCAAUGGGCACCAGAUGGCGAUAAUCUUGAAGCAUUUGGUGUUCGGGAAGGAAUAUCAUUACCGCAAUUUAGGUUUAAUGAAGCAACGCCAGACAGAUCACGAACAACACGAAACUUUACGACAGGAAACUUCUCAUACCUCACUGCCACAAUCAGUUUACAACGUCAAAAAGAGUUGUUCAUUAUGUCCAAUUACCUUCCGAGCUUAUUGAUCGUCGUGUUAUCAUGGUUUUCAUUCUGGAUCAACCCGAAUUCCGAGCCAGCCCGUGUAUCACUCGUAAUGACUGCAUUAUUAACGCUGUGUACACAGAUGAAUGGUAUCCAGGCAACAAUGCCUAGGGUGGCGCAUCUGAAGGCCAUUGAUGUGUGGAUGUCAGUCUGUCUCGUCUUUGUGUUCGCAGCACUAGUGGAAUACGCCGCUGUUAACUAUAUUAGUUUACAGAUACGAAAACAAAGUCGAAGAAAGCAACAAUCGUUUGAGAUGUUGAAUAUAAUUGAAAACACGGAAAACAACAAAGUGAAGCAUACAUCAGAGGACGGAAGAACAAGCAGUGCGUCAAAAGGUCCGGAUAGUGCAGUGAUUGGCUUUCAGUUCCGUGAUGUCAUAGGUCACGCAAUUGCACCGUGUCUUACAGCAUCAAAGAAUCAUACAGACGAGCUAAAUAUAUCAUUCAGUAUGACAGCCAUAUAUUAUCUGCAUUUAUUCAUUCUUAUUUCCAGUGUUCAAUCGGGUAAUGUAACGAUACCAGUGACGACGCCGAUGACGAAGUCAACGCCGGUAACGGAUACACUCUCAAAGAAGAGAAUCGAUGAAGUUUUAACAGGAAAUUAUGACAAGAAGUAUAGACCAAACGUGCAUGGUCCACCCGUGAUUGUAACGGCCAGUGUACUCAUUAACAGUUUCUACUCCUCUACAGACACAGGAAUGGAUUAUACAGUUACGUUAUUUCUUCGAACACGAUGGGUUGAUCCCCGACUAGAGUACACUAAUGAUAAAAACCAAACGCUGACGUUACAUUCAGAUGGAGAUAAUGAAGUCUGGGUGCCACCUCUUUACUUCCCAGAUGAGAAGUCUGGACAGUUUCAUAAAUUGACAACGGAGAACGUGUUGUUGAGAAUUUACCCUGAUGGUACUGUUCUACAUAGUGCAAGAUUCACUAUCACAUUGAGUUGUAUGAUGCAUUUAGAACGCUAUCCAAUGGAUGAACAGACAUGCAAUAUGGAAAUAGAAAGCUUUUCUUACACAACUGUUGACUUGAUUCUGCAAUGGGCACCAGAUGGCGAUACUCUUGAAGCAUUUGGUGUUCGGGAAGGAAUAUCAUUACCGCAAUUUAGGUUUAAUCAAGCAACGCCAGACAGAUCACGAACAACACGAAACUUUACAACAGGAAACUUCUCAUACCUCACUGCUACAAUCAGUCUACAACGACAGAAAGAGUUGUUCAUUAUGUCAAGCUACCUUCCGAGCUUAUUGAUUGUCGUGUUGUCAUGGUUUUCAUUUUGGAUCAACCCGAACUCCGAACCAGCCCGUGUAUCACUCGUAAUGACUGCAUUAUUAACGCUGUGUACACAGAUGAAUGGUAUCCAGGCAACAGUGCCUAGAGUGGCGCAUCUGAAUGCCAUUGAUGUGUGGAUGUCAGUCUGUCUCGUCUUUGUGUUCGCAGCACUAGUGGAAUACGCCGCUGUUAACUAUAUUAGUUUACAGACGAGGAAACAAAGUCGAAGGAAACAACAAUCGUUUGAGAUGAUACAUUUAAUUGAAGACAAAGAAAACAACAAGGUAAACCAUAAAUCAGAGGACGGAAGAACAAGCAGUAAGUCAAAAGGUCCGGAUAGUGCAGUGACUGACUUUCAGUUCCGUGAUGUCAUAGGUCACGAAUCGACAGCGUUACGCGAUGUUGUUACUGUGCUAUUUAGUCUAGAUAACAGUGUUCUCAUAGACUGUGGUGUUGGCAACGGAACAUACGUUGCUUACACAACUGAUGACGUGAUUCUGCAAUGGGCAGCAGAAGACGAUGAUCUUGAAGCCUUUGCAGUCCCACAAGGGAUUUCAUUACCACAAUUUGAGUUUGUUGAUGCAACAAUAGUCAGAGAGCUAAUCACAAGGAACUACACUACAGGUAGUUUCUCACACCUUACUGCGACAUUCAGAUUACAAAGACAGAAAGAGAUGUUUAUAUUGUCAAAUUACCUUCCGAGCUUACUGAUUGUCGUGUUGUCAUGGUUUUCGUUUUGGAUCAACCCGAACUCUGAACCAGCUCGUGUUUCACUCGUGAUGACUGCCUUGUUGACGUUGUGUACACAGAUGAAUGGAAUUCAGGGAACGAUGCCAAAAAUAGCACAUCUGAAGGCAAUCGACGUGUGGAUGUCGGCUUGUCUUGUUUUUGUAUUCGCUGCUUUAGUAGAAUACGCUGCGGUAAACUACAUUAGUUUACGGAUAAAAAGGCAAAGUCGACGAAGACAAACAUCAUCUGAAAUGGUCAAUUCCCUUAAAGAAAAACAAAGUAAUGUUGCCCACACUGGAAGUAGAAAUGAACAAGAACAACUGCAUCCUGCUGGAUCUUCGCUUAGAGGAGCUGACAACACAACCACUGAGUUAUAUUAUGGCUUUAACAGAAGCUGCCCGUUUGUGUGCGAAUUAAGUCCUGAGCAAAUUGAUUACUACAGUCGAAUCAUAUUUCCAGUCACAUUUAUGGUAUUUAAUGUGUUUUAUUGGCCAACCUAUUUGCAUUGGGUACAAUGA